UCUGGAAACAUGAAUUUCCCCCUCGCCCUCUGCCUCUUGGCCACCUACGUGGCUCUGGGGGUGUCUUUGUCAUGUGAGACUUGCCAGGGCUUUGGGAAUACCUGCAGUGGACAGUGGCAGACGUGUCCCCCUAAUAAAGAUUCCUGUGUCUCUGUGCAGGUUGAAGGCUCAGGGGUGUUGCAGGCGAAGGUUGUUAUGAAGACAUGCAUCCAAUCAAGUGAAUGUGUUCAACCCCCCUCAUCUAUGAAUUUGGGCAAGGCAGGACGACUGUUGACCCAGAUUACCUGCUGCGAGGGAAACAAGUGCAAGAAGGACCCUCCCGCCUUGCCGCCCGUAAACACGACGCCCAACGGGAAGAAAUGCCCGGCUUGCUACGUUGUGCACACUCUCAAGUGUGAGGAGGAGACCAUUGACUGUGCUGGAGACGAGAACUAUUGCUUUGAGGUCUCCGGAACAACAAACUUGGGAGGAAUGUCCGCGGAGAUGGUCAUGAAGGGCUGUACCAGCUCAGUUUCAUGUAACAGCACGCACGACAGCGGAUCGUUUGGUUCGAUCAGUGUUGUAGCAAAAGCCUCUUGUACUCCAGCAAUUGGGGCAGCCAGCUCUGUUGUAGCAUCAUUUGGAUUCCUCCUCCAAGCCUUCAUGGGACUUCUGCUUCUGAAACUUCUCGGCUGAUUUC